AGUCAAAGUAUGCAGUAUGUCAAAAUAUGUCAGGGAUUCUGACAGGCCCUCGAAUCCGUGGAAGUUGGAUCGCUGCAAUGAAAACCUGUCCCUCGAACAGAUUUGUCACAAACUGGGCAGCAACAACUUGAAGUUGACCAUCACCAUGAAGAUCUAUGGCAAACAGAGUAUCACGGUUUCAGUGAAGGAUUCGCCACCUCCCAGCAUGGCGACGGAACAAGCUAAACACAUCCAAAACCAGAGAAAGGUUAUGCUUGCCAUGCUAGACACCGGCUUGGAAAGUGACGUGACCUUUGUGACGAGGGAUGACCAACGGAUUUCUGCACAUAAGUGCAUCCUCUCUAUGCACAGCACCGUCUUCGCCGCCAUGUUCGCCGCUGAGAUGAAGGAGAAGACUGACGGGGUCGUCAAGCUGGUCGACAUGGGGGGCGAGGGGCUCAAAAUCUUGCUAAAGUUCCUCUACACCGGCGAAUUGGAGAACACGUGGGGAAAAUUUUACCAGGAGAUUGUCAAUGCGGCGAACAAGUACCAAAUCACACAAUUGAUCUCCAUGUGCGACAAGAUACUUCCGACAGUGGUCUCUUUGGAAAAUUGCGUCGAGCUGUUGAAGUUUACGGAAUUACACGGUAUGACAGAUGCGACGGAGAAAGUAAAAAACUUUAUGAAGCGAGACCCCCAAGAAUUGCUGCAAUUGUGGCACGUUGCUGCGUUUGGGAGUCGUCUUGACCACGACUCAUCGAGUUAUUCAGGGCCUGAGAACGAUUUUUACAAAUAUUACGCUCGACCAGAUUUCGUUCGGCCAAAUUACGUUGAACCAGAUUAUUACGUUAGAUACGAUUCUGCUGAUGAAGACUGGGAUUGAUGUUUGUUGAUUUUUUAGUAUCUAUGUCUGAUUUUACCUCUUUCGCUUUUAACGAACACUGUAAAUUAA